GGAUACUUGACAAAAUGGAGAAGACAUUUAAUAUAAGAAUCAGAUUUUAUGUGCAUUUGAUUUAGUUCUGUUUAGGUUUUUUUUUAACAGAAUCUUGUGGUGAAUUAAAAUCACUUUUGCUGCUUAUAACUUGUGAGGUGAAAGGCUCAUCAAUUGGCAUUAAUCCAUAAUGAUCCAUAUUACAGUCUGUCACUGACUUUCGCUUUCACUAAAUCGACCAAAUACUAAAUUUAGUUACAGUAUCUUGUUCUGGCGAUGGCGAUUAUUUUUUUUAAACCAAAUCUGACAAAAAAAAAUUAUUCAUUUUUGCCAUUUAAUUGAUUUCAGUGCACUCCCUCUCUCUCUCUCUUAUUCUCUCACCCACAUCCCCCCCUCUCUCUCUCUCUCCCUGCCUCUCUCUUUCUGCGUAUGUGUGCCCUUCAACUUUUGACAUCCAAAUCUACCUGGAUUAUAAAAGCGUAUGAUCAAAAAUACCUCGUAACCGAUCCCACUCCUACAUGGAGCAGCUCUGAGGUUUUAUAUUUUGGAGGAAUGUCCUUUUACAUCAUCAUCAUCAUCAGCAGCAGCAGCAGCAGCAGCAGCAGUCUGUAGUCUCAUCACACCGGACACUAUCAUAUUCAUUUUUAGACAUUCCUGCAUCUGGACCUCGAAUGAGAGAGACAAAAGGAUAAGACUCGGCAGCUGCAUGCGUGGGACAUCUUUUUGGAGCUCCUCAGAGAAGGACGUCCUUCCACGCGCUCCAUGGGAGAUUUAUUGAUGAUUUUUUUUUUAAUUCCCCCCCUCCACCCCUUGUCGAUGAUUUGCAUGUUCAAUCUCGGAGCAAAUGAAAGGGUGGGACGUCGCCAUUGGCGGUGACAGGCAGUGUGCGGCGGCGUGAUUUAUGUCUGUUUGUCCACUUUUAUCUCUCACAAUCUGUCUCGUCAUAACAUUGUCUUUUAACGCGCGUGAUGGUGUGACAGUGGGAGCGUGGACGCACGGCUCUUCAAAGCUUGGAUAGCCACAAUGUUGACGCGGUUGUUCAGUGACCCAUCGCUGCUGCCAGAGGUGCAGAAAUACUCGGGCUGGGCGGAGGACAGCGAUGGCGAUGAUUCCAAGAUGAAGGACGACGACCAGGACACACACGACGACAUGGAUCACUCUGACCUGAUGGGAGACAGCCGGACGCAAUCAGAGCACGCCGGGGAAGACGACGAGGACGACGACCUCGACGAAGAGGACGACGGAGAGGACAUGGAGGGGGACAGACCCAAGAAGAGGGGCCCCAAGAAGCGCAAAAUGACCCCGGCCCGCAUCGAGCGCUCCAAAGUGCGACGGAUGAAGGCCAACGCGCGGGAGCGCACCCGCAUGCACGACCUGAACUCUGCUCUAGACAAUCUGCGUAAAGUUGUGCCAUGCUACUCCAAAACGCAAAAACUGUCCAAAAUCGAGACGUUGCGGUUGGCUAAAAAUUACAUCUGGGCAUUGUCGGAGAUACUGCGCUGCGGCAAAAGGCCCGACCUUGUCGCGUACGUGCAGACGCUGUGUAAGGGACUGUCCCAGCCAACCACCAACCUGGUGGCAGGAUGCCUGCAGCUGAACUCCCGUAACUUCCUGACUGAGCAGCAGUGUCAGGACGGGAGCAGGUACCCGUCCGGAUCCUUCUCCAUGCAUUCCUACCCUUAUCAGUGUGCGCGUCUGUCCAGUCCGCACUGCCAGCCGGGCUCGAACUCGCACCCACUGAGACCGCACGGCUACAGCGGGGCUUACGACUCUCUGUACGGCGGGAGUGGAUCCCCGGAGUACAACAGCCCCGAGUAUGAGGGGCCCGUCAGCCCUCCGUUGUGCGUCAAUGGUAACUUCUCCCUGAAGCACCAAGGCCCCGCGUCGCCGGACAACGAGAAGGGCUACCACUACUCUAUGCAAUACUCCGGCCUGCCUGGCUCCAGACCUACUGGGGCCCAAAACCUGGUGUUCGGCUCCUCUGGGGCCCGGAGCGGCAUUCACUCUGAAAACGUCCUGCCUUACCACGACAUGCACUUACACCACGAACGGGGCCCCGUGUACGACGAACUGAACGCGUUUUUUCACAAUUAAACGCCCAAGUUGAGCGUCUCCUUGCAAUCAGCAAUCUGUCCACAGCACAUUUAGGCAUUCUGGAGAGAUGUUACACUCGUGUCACUGGUGUGUUUUGUUUUGUUUUCUUUAAUUUAAUCAACACUAUUAAACUUUCGGUUUGCUAUUGUCUGGGAUGUAUUGGAUGGAAAUCGAAUCCAUUGUCUUAUUUUGCGCAAAAGCACCCCCCCCCCCCAGCUUUUUAAAAGGCUGAUGAGAUUUGAUCACAUUAUUUGAAUUGUUUCAAUGUGGAGUUGUGUUUGUUUGCGUUUGAAUGACUGACAGUCAAAGUUUACCCCACUAUAUCACAGGCUGCGGCUUUACACUGAGACAUUGGCAGAUAUUCUAAGAAAAGCAGAGAAAAAUCACUGACGAAGCUAAUGCAAAUCACAUUUUCUCGCCUUGACGCGCGAGAUUAUGAGUGUGUGAGAGAGAGAGUGAAAGAGAGGGUGUGUAUGUGUGUAAGUGUGUGUUAAAUCAUAAAAUAUAAACAGAUGCUGAAUCGAAAGAAAUGUGGUAGUUGGGUGGUUUUGGAAAAAUCGGUUCUUCAGCAUAUCAAUCCAGUUGUUUCACAUCUAUGCAAAAAAACGACGUGACGAGGCCCAGGAACACACACACACACACACACACACACACACGGAAUCAGACAUGGCUGGGCUCGCCAAAAAAUGUUUUACCUGAUAAAAAAAAUAAAUAAUCCAUCUUAAUUCAAUAAAAUUUCUUUCCCUCA